GGGGCUCUAGGUGUCCUGCCUGGGAGGGUCCCUGCUGCAUUGCAGCCUCCGCGCUGCUCCGUGUCUGGCGCGCACAAUGGCGACUCCCAGCCCCAGCAGCGGCUCCGGCUCCAGCAGCGGGAGCAGCACUCCGGGCUCCCAGGCGCACACGACGGUCAGCAGCAUGCAGGGCUUUCAGAUAAACUUCUGUGAAAAGGCACAAAACGUCCACUUGGACACUUUUUCAGCAGAAUCAAGUAAACGCAAAGCAUUGAAGUUGAAUUUUGCAAAUCCACCUUUCAAAUCCACAGCAAGAUUUACUCUCAAUACGUCUGGAGUUCCUUUCCAAAAUCCUCACAUUGAUACACAAGCAACACUGGGUAGUAAUCACAUUGUCCCGUUCACUUUCAAAAGGAGAGAAGCGGACCUCAUCCAGAAACUUUCCAGCAGGCUACAAGAGAGACUGAGAACACACAGCAUUGAAUCAUCAGGAAAAUUGAAGAUUUCCCCUGAACAGCAUUGGGAUUUUACUGCAGAGGACUUGAAAGACCUUGGAGAAAUUGGACGAGGAGCUUAUGGUUCUGUCAACAAAAUGGUCCACAAACCAAGUGGGCAAAUUAUGGCAGUUAAAAGAAUUCGGUCAACGGUGGAUGAAAAGGAACAGAAACAGCUUCUAAUGGACUUGGAUGUAGUGAUGCGAAGUAGUGACUGCCCCUAUAUUGUUCAGUUUUAUGGAGCACUCUUCAGAGAGGGUGACUGUUGGAUCUGUAUGGAGCUCAUGUCUACCUCGUUUGAUAAGUUUUACAAAUAUGUAUAUAGUGUAUUAGAUGAUGUUAUUCCAGAAGAAAUCUUAGGCAAAAUCACUUUAGCUACUGUGAAAGCACUAAACCACUUAAAAGAAAACUUGAAAAUCAUUCACAGAGAUAUCAAACCUUCCAAUAUUCUUCUGGACAGAAAUGGGAAUAUUAAACUCUGUGACUUUGGCAUUAGUGGACAACUCGUGGACUCCAUCGCAAAAACAAGAGAUGCUGGGUGCAGACCAUACAUGGCACCUGAAAGGAUAGACCCCAGUGCAUCUAGACAAGGCUAUGAUGUCCGCUCAGAUGUCUGGAGCUUGGGAAUUACGUUGUAUGAGCUGGCCACAGGGCGAUUCCCCUAUCCCAAAUGGAACAGUGUAUUUGAUCAGCUGACACAAGUAGUAAAAGGAGACCCACCACAGCUGAGUAACUCAGAGGAGAGGGAAUUCUCCCCAAGUUUCAUCAACUUUGUUAACUUGUGCCUUACAAAGGACGAAUCCAAAAGGCCAAAGUAUAAAGAGCUUCUGAAACAUCCCUUCAUUCUGAUGUACGAAGAGCGCACGGUGGAUGUGGCCUGCUACGUCUGCAAAAUCCUGGAUCAGAUGCCAACAACUCCCAGCUCUCCGAUGUAUGUCGAUUGACACUGCUGCUUCAUCCAACUCUAGAGAAAGGGCGGAGAGAAAACAAGCUGUAAAGAAUUUUCCUCACAUAUUGCAGUGUUUUUAAUGCUCGCCCAGACACCAUGUGCAAUAAUAUUGGUGUUCUUUCCAUCCUGUCUGUAUACUAUUGUCACAUAUAAAGUGCAUCCCUGUAAUACCUGAUCACACAGUGUUAGUGUUGGUCAAAGAGAGACCUCGUCUUGCUCUUUUGUGGACAUAUUCAUGAAAUGUGGAAAUAAGUACAUUUAUUUGUUGACCGUGAUUGGAUAGCACCUAAAAUUCAUUUCUAGACUCAAAACUUGGAGACUUCUCAGCGGCUACUGGAAAGAUUUUUCUCUCAAACUCUUCCAAUUAUUGUUUCAAGUAAUAAUAAUAAUAAUAAAAAAUUUAGGCGUUAUUUGUCUGAACAUAAUGAGACUUUGCCUGGAGGAAGAAGAACUUGCAUAACCAACAAGAUACUUUGCCUCCUGGAGUUGGAAAGGCAAAGGAGGAUUUUAUUCUUCACAAAGUGCAAUAGAUUUACUGUUAUGAAAUUCUGUUGCUUUACAGUCAUAGUGUAUUUUCUGGGGACAGUGCUCAGCUGAACUUCCUGUUAAAGAGAGAUCAUGUUAAAUAUAGCGAAUAUGUCUUUACCAAAAAUAUGUUGCAUUGAAAGAGGCUAACAUUAAAAUAUUCAGAGAUGAGACAUAAUGUAUUCUUCUCUCCUUUACCAAGCCAGCCACUCUUCAUUAUAACUAGGUGUCCUGUAAAUUGUUACCUGCUAAGAUAAGACCUUUGACCUGAAAAAUUAUUAAACUACUCGAUUGAAUUUA